CAAAGUGUAAGAAAAUGGAAGAACAACCUGAAAAAGAAUCUGUGGCUUCAGAAAAACUUGGUCUAUGUUUAUUUCUUACUGAAUCUGAAGAUGAGAAAGACGGCAAAUCAUCUCAGGUUGUACAGAAAUCACCACUUGUUAGGUCUGUUCCAUCAGUAACAUCUAUGAAGCCAUCACAAUCAGCGACCUCCUAUACCUCUGAGAAUACUGUAAUGGCUGCUUCAUCUACUCAGAACACAGAAAUUGGGCCGGUUCGCCGGAUAAUCGAUCUAAGCUCAAAAACAGGCUGUACUGUACGAGAAUUGGCAACUGCAUAUCAGAAUCACAUUGGAGAAACCCUUAAUGAGGUUGAAGAGCUAACUUCUGAGGAGUGUGAGGUAACACACUCCCCAGCUCAUGUAACACGACAUGCACGAGUUAGACAUGCAAAGACUCCAGACUCCCAGAGAGUUCGGAUAAAGCCCCCUGCCAGAACCCCACCUGCAACUUGUCCUUCAGAUAAGGUUAUUCGACCAAAGAAGAUUUUACUCAGCAGCAGCAGCAGUACCCAUGGUAGCUCUCGUGAUACACCAAAAACUUUCUCAAGAAGUCGGCUGAUGCUUACCUCGUCAUCCUCGGUAAAACACAAAAUACAAAAGAAAUUUGGUGACCCAAAUGAAGCUAAAUACCCAACGAACAUAGUUACUGGAAUAACAUCAUUCAUCAAAAUACAACCAGCAAAGCCAUCACUUGAGGAGAAGCGACAAACAGGACUGCAAAAGAAGAGGGAUCGAGAGGAUGAGACGAUAAAAAAGAAAGAAGAAUUAUUAAAAUUGAAAGCAGAGGGGCAGAAAAGACGCAACGAGGAAAGGAUGAAGCGGGUACAGGAAGCUCGUGAAGAAAGAGAGCGUAAGGCUAUAGAAGCAAAGAAACAACAAGACAGAGAUAGAAAGAACAGAGAGGAGCGACUAAGAGAACAGCAGCAGCAGCACAGAAAGCAGCAACUUCUUGCUAAGAGACGUGCAGAAGAGGCUAGAGUUAAGAAGAUUAAAGAACAGGAAGAAGAACGAAGGAAACAGGAAGAGGAGUCAAGGAAAUUAAAGGAAGAAGAAAAGCAAAAUGAGGAGGAAAAACUAUUAUAUCUGGCAGAGCAACGCCGUCGUCAAGAGGAAGAAAGGAAACGAAAAAUUGCUGAGGUAGAACGCAUCGCCCGUGAGAAAAAGGAGUUAGAAUACCUUAAAUUGCUUGAAGCACAGCGCAUUGCUGAGUUACAACAAGCUAAAUUGACAAGCUCAGCAGUUAAAAAGAUUGCACUAGCUGAUAACAAGGAAACUGGACUAAAUCAUACAUUCACUUUAAGUGAUAACAAGGAAAAUGGUCUUAAUACCACAUUUUCCAAAACUACUGGACCGUCUCAGUCAAGUUCUACUGGGAAAAACAAAGAUAGUUAUGACAUUACACCAAACUCCAAGAAAUAUAAGAAAAAUAUUAAUAAUUAUGAUAUAAAUGAUAUUGAGAGUGAUGACUCAACUGAUGAGGACAGUGCUCCUAAGAGGAAAAUUCCUCCCUGGGCUAUGAGUAAGUUUAAAAUUUGGAUAUUAAUUUUUUCCUAUUGUUUGGGAUUUUAUGAAUAGAAUAUGUAAUGGUUACAUACUUAUAGAUUGUUGUAUCAGACACAUUGCAGUAGUUAUAUUGUACAACCUCCCUCGGUAUUUUUGUUCCAUAGUAAGGCAGGUUGAAAGUGCAAACAAUGGCAAUUAAAGUUUGCGUGAUGUAGACUCAAGUUCUAGAUUAAUUAAUUUAUUUACAUUUUCAUCUUGGAUUAUCUGCUAUUGUUUGAUGUCUUUCCAGCAACAUAAGUGAAACUAAGUUUCUAAUGCACUGAUAAUUGUGGUAAUUAGCACUGUCUUGCCUUUCCACUGAGGUUGAGUUGGCAGCAGCAUAAACAUAUCAUACUGUUAGUCUCCUUCAACAUGAUGAAGUACACUGACUCAUUCACACAAAGAAUAUUGCCCAUGCUGUAUGGCAAAACUUGAGGGAUUGCCUUUAAUCCUGCCGUAAUGAUAAAUUAGCGAGCACAAUUUUUCUAAGCUGAAACCCCGCCGUGAAAUAGUUAAGCAAAUAUUUGGGGAAA